GUUGCCCCAGGGAGUGAACAAGAUGGAUUCGGCGGUGCCCAUUGACCCAUAUGCUGCUCCUACGACCCAAGUCUUUGCGGCCAUGGGCCUGCUCUGGCUGUCGUGGCACAUCUUCUCCUUCUGGCGGCUGAUGGCAUCUCUGUUCAUCCUGCCUGGCACUUCGCUCUCCAAGUUUGGCAAAAAAGGCAGCUGGGCGGUCGUCACGGGCGCCUCCGACGGUAUCGGCAAAGAAUACGCUCUCCAGCUCGCAGCGAAAGGCUUCAACAUCCUCCUCGUCUCCCGCACCCAAUCCAAACUCGAGACCCUCGCGACCGAAAUCCAGCAGAAACACAAUGUCCAGACCAAGCUCUACGCCAUGGACUUUGCAGCCAACAAUGACGCCGACUUCGCCAACCUGAAGACCCUCGUCUCGGAGCUCGAUGUCUCCAUCCUCAUCAACAACGUGGGACAGAGCCACAGCAUCCCCGUCCCAUUCGCCGAAACGCCCGAGAAAGAGCUGAAAGACAUCAUCACAAUCAACUGCUUCGGCACCCUGCGAGUCACACAGCUCGUCGUACCAGGCAUGAUUCAGCGAAAACGCGGUCUCAUCCUGACCAUGGCUUCCUUUGGCGGCAUCAUGCCCACCCCUCUGCUCGCCACCUACAGCGGCAGCAAAGCCUUCCUCCAACAAUGGUCCACCGCCCUCAGCGGCGAACUCGCAUCCUCGAACAUCAAAGUCCAACUCGUACAAUCCUAUUUGGUGACUUCAGCGAUGAGCAAGAUUCGACGAUCUUCGGCUAUGAUUCCCAACCCGAAGCAAUUUGUCCGAGCGGCUUUGGGCAAGAUUGGACGCUCGGGUGGUGCACAGGGGAUUGCGGCUACGAGUACGCCGUAUUGGUCGCAUGGAGUGAUGCAUUGGGGGAUCAAGACGUUUGCGGGGACGAUGAAUGGACUGGUGUUGGGAUUUAACCAGAAAAUGCAUGUGGAUAUUCGGAAACGUGCUCUCAGGAAAGCGGAGCGCGAUGCGAAGAAAGCGUAGUAAUGUAUAUACAUCAGUUGUGUAUCAUGAGACAUUGAUC